AAAGCUUACAAAAAAAAAAACACUUGGCAGAAUUUCAGAUAAUAAACAAAAUCAAAAAUAGUGAAGUUUUUAAACAAAAACCAUGGAAUACGAGAGCGUGCUGAUUGUCAAACCGGAGGUUUUCAUAUAUAAAAUACCACCGCGGGCGAGCAAUCGAGGCUAUAGGGCCGCCGACUGGAACCUAAAGGAACCCACCUGGACGGGUAGGAUGCGACUUGUGGCGAAGGGCACGGCCUGCAUCUUGAAGCUGGAGGAUAAGACCAGCGGCGCCCUCUUCGCCAAUUGCCCCAUCGAUACAUAUCCCGGCGUGGCCAUCGAAGCAGUCUCCGACAGUUCCCGUUAUUUCGUCAUACGUGUCCAAGACGACAAUGGAAGGUCGGCCUUCUUGGGCCUGGGCUUUGGCGAUCGUUCCGACUCAUUUGACCUGAAUGUGGCGCUGCAGGAUCACUUCAAGUGGGUGAAGAACCAAGAGCAGAUCGAAAAAGAAAAGACCGAGCCCAAGCAGGAGCUGGAUCUGGGCUUCAAGGAGGGGGAAACCAUCAAGAUUAAUAUGAGGAUAACGAAAAAGGACGGCUCUGACGGCCCCUCCCGAACUGGCAAGAACAAGGGCAACAGCGGCGUACUGCCACCGCCGCCCGGUGGCUUGGGCAAGAUAGCGCCACCACCAGCAGCCGCGGCUUCGCCCGGUGCGACGGUUCGGACAAGUCCUGGCGUCUCGCCAGCCCACAGACCAUCCGGCGGUGGUUCCGAGUGGACCGACUAUGCAUCAGCUGGGGGCAAUCAAGGACAACAGAACUCGGCAAAUGCCAACUGGGUGCAGUUUUAGGCUGCAGCUCUGCUCUCCACCUGCUGCCGCCUGCUGCUGCUGUUGCUGUUGCGACCGACCUCCCUUCUUCUGUCAUAGGAUCUUCUGCAGCGCUUUAAAUUAUCACCACCUACUAUCAUUUGUUGGGACAUUCAUUAUUUGGAUUAUAUUUUUUUUUCAUUUUGGCAAUGGGAAACGACGACGACGACCAAUAAGAGAAAAAUUGAACCGAGAGGCAUUCAGCGCAUAGAGAAAAACGUUAAAGUUAGCCUUUUUUUUAUAUAUAUAUACAUUAAUUAAUGGAAAUUGUGUAUUAGUGUCCCCUCUUUCUCUCUUGUCUGCCACUCACAGGGGCAGGACACCGCUCUGCUCUACGCUACCCGUCUCCCUCUGAAUGGUGUAGCGUAGAAUAUUGGUGAAGGGAGAGAGGGGAUUUUGGUAGCAAACUAUUUAGCCUGGUUGUUAAUUGUGUAAAGGAAUUGUUUGAGGGAAAACGCAUGAUAAUUCAUAAUAAUUGUAAUGGAAGUUAAUAUUCGGCAAUUGUAAUUUGUUAAACCAAUUUUAUAGGCACAAAAAAAUGCAACAUGCUAGCUGCAAAACAAAAACAAAAAAGAAAAUAACUAAAGUGAAAGUGAUUCAAAUUGUUUGAGUACUUACACCAGAGUCACCACGUCACACGUGUGCAUGCAAAGGACAUUCCGCAGAUGAGCAAGCAAA